AUGUCUCUCAACACACCCGCAGCCGGCCAAUCUGCUCCGGUCAACAACCCGGAGGCAGUAUCCUACGCUAAUAGGGACCUGUUGUUUAAUUACUCCACUGGGUCGGUAGAUGUACCGACAGGGUACAAGUAUCGUCAGUAUAGGCUCUUUGGAUAUGUCCUGCCUUGGUAUGCUUCGCCUAAGAUCCAGUUGGGGAUGGUGGCCUUUGUGUGUUUUAUGUGUCCUGGUAUGUUUAAUGCUUUGAACAGAAUGGGUGGAGGGGGAAAAAGAGAUGCGACACUCGUGAACGACAUGAACACAGCUUUGUACAGCACCUUUGCUGUUGUCGGUUUCUUUGGAGGAACCUUCGUCAAUAGACUCGGUGUCAAACUCACACUGGCCUUGGGCGGCAUCGGCUAUGGUAUCUACACCAUCAGUAUUCUUCUGUCAGUCCACUUUGAAGAUGAUGUCCGAGGUUUCAAUAUCUUCGCCGGAGUGCUUCUUGGUUUCUGUGCAGCGAUGCUAUGGACUGCCCAAGGCACCAUCAUGAUUUCGUAUCCGCAUGAACAUCAAAAGGGACAUUACUUCGCUUGGUUCUGGGGAAUCUUCAACAUGGGAGCUGUUAUUGGGAGCCUUAUUCCCCUUGGGACCAAUUUCCAUACCUUGGAGAAUGCCGAUGUAAGCGACGGCACGUACAUCGGCUUCAUAGUCCUCAUGUUCUUCGGCGCCGCCCUAUCCCUCCUCCUCUGCAACGCAAACGAUAUAAUCCGCAAAGACGGAUCAUACGUAAUCCUCAUGAAAAACCCCACCUGGCAAAGCGAACUGGUCGGUCUAUACGAGACAAUUCGCUUCGAACCUUUCGUCAUCUUCCUAUUCCCCAUGUUCUUUUCCUCCAAUUGGUUCUACGUAUAUCAACAGAAUGUAGUCAAUGGAGCGUAUUUCACGACGAGGACCAAGGCGUUGAAUAGUCUCCUUUAUUGGCUUGCGCAGAUUGCUGCGGCGGCUAUUUGGGGAUAUUUGUUAGAUCUGGAAUAUUUGAGGAGGAGUGUUAGGGCGAAACUUGCGCUUGUGAUUCUUUUUAUUUUGACUUUUGUUAUUUGGGGUGGUGGGUUUGUUCAUCAGAGGACGUAUACGAGGGCGAUGACUGAUAGGGAAGAAGGGAAGGAUUGGGAGGAUGAGGGUUAUGCGGGACCUAUGGUUCUGUAUAUCUUCUAUGGUUUCUAUGACGCUGCCUGGCAAGCUACUGUUCAUGGGCGCUUUGUCCAACUCAGGCCGUCGUUGCGCAACUACAUCGGCUUUUACAAAGGGAUCCAAUCCGCCGGCGCCGCAAUUUCCAACAAUCUAGAUGCAAGAAAGGUAUCCUUCCAAGCACAAUUUCUCAGCAACUGGAUCCUCCUCGCUGCCUCAUUGAUCAUCGCUGCACCUGUCAUCUUUCUCAAGAUUCGAGAUCACGUGGCUGUUGAAGAGGAUCUUGAAGGGACUGAUGAGACUCUGGCUGAUGUUGUCCCUCAGCAUGCUCGUCGAGACUUGAGACACUCCGAAGGGAAUUAUGAGAGUAAGAAUUCCAAAAGUAGUGGCCAGGGAUCUACUCCAGUCUGA